AUGAACACCAUCCAGCGUGCCGCCGUUCUGGGCCAACGUCACUUUCGCUUCCCCGCUAAAGCUCACAUUGGGUCGGCCUCCCUGGUGGUCUCCGUACCGCUUGGCUUCUUCAUCGCAUCCCAAUGCACGGCCAGCAGACUCCACUUGAAGCGCCGCGAUGCCCAUGAGGAGCCGGCCACUCGUACAUCGCCCCAGGGCACUGUUCAUCUCCACGAGUCCUUCAAUGGUACCGUCGCCGUCGACUACAAGCUCAGCAACAAGGAGACGGCCAUCAUCAUGUGA